UUUUCACAUAUUCCCCUCCCCUUUUAACUUAAUGCGGAAUAGAAGAGUGUAUCUGCUAGGGUUUCCUCCUGCACUCAACAUCAUCACCGCUGCUUCUACCGCCACUACCACCACAAUCACCGCACCACGCUUCCGCCGCCUAAACUCCGAGCCGCUGCUUCUUCGUCGCAACACGAUUUCGCUGCCGCCGCUGAUUUCGGAUCCACCACUUCGUUGUGUUUCGUCGUCGACGCUGUUCCACUUCCUUUAAGGAUUCCACAAUAAAUUUGAGAAUCUAUGCACAGUUUCCGAAUGUUUCUAGACGUUUGGUCUGUUAAUUUUUGGACUUGAAAAUAUGGUGCGGCGGCGGUAGAAGGAGCGGUGACGGUGAUGAGUGUAGGUGGCGGCAGUAGCUGCUGAGAUGAGAUGAAAACAUCAAUGGCAAUUCUCUUCGAAAGGAUGGUUAAAAGGGAAGGGGAAAUUUUGUAAAAUUAGAAAAUAUAAAGGGACAAAUGUCUAAUUACCAAUUCUCCCAAAAACAAAAAAAUGGGGUUCCGUUUGCAAUUAUUUUUAGAGUGAUUAACCUUUAAUUUCCACUCUAAAUCCUGUUUUGUAAUUUUUUAUAAAAAUUCUUAAAUUUGUAAUGCAAAAACACACUAUAAUGAAUACAACAGAUCAAGACAAAGAAAAAGAACAACUUUGUUUAAACUUGAAUCUAACUCAAAAGAAUCUACCAACAUCUUUCAUGACACACUACACCACAUGACAUUUGUCACUCAUAUUAACAUAUUCCAUCACCAAACAUUCUGCAACCCAAAAGAGAGUAGAGAAACUAAACCAAUUUUUAAAUCCAAAAUUAUUACUGUCAGAUCUCAGUUCUCAGAUACCAUUUUUCAUAUACUAAUUUUUUGUUGUCUACUUGGAUCUCCUCAUUAUUAAGGCCAAAGUUUCCAACUUACUUUUUUCAAGGUGCUGGAUCUUAUGAACCAAUAAGGUCUAAGAACUAAUUUUCCAUUUUUAAAAUGUACCAACAUUAGAAAAACAAGCACAAAGUUCAAAAAUAGAAGAGUAGCUUUCAUGGGUUAAAACUAGUAGCUGCAGUAGUAGUAGAACACUUACACAGUUACACUUACAUUUCUGAAAAGAAAGUUUAAAGUCUUUGGAAUCUGAGCUAUGGUUUUGGAGUGCUUUCUCUAGUACUGAAACUGGUUUCUGUGAGGUUCAAUAUCAAGCAGAACAUCUGCACUUUCUUUUUCCUAUCAUUUUAGUUUCUUUCUGGAAGGAAGAUGUUGUGUGCUUGCUCAGGGGAGCAAUUCAAAUUCGAGGAGGCACCGCCGCAGUCACCGGAGUCAUUGGCAACGAGAGAUUUCUCUGCCAGUGGACUUUCUUCAUCAAGGACUGGGGGUGAUUGGGAUUCUAAAUUUGAUCAGAACCAAGUUGAAGAAGCUGAAUCAACUCUUAAAGAAGCUCUUUCUUUGAACUAUGAGGAAGCUCGGGCUUUGCUGGGGAGGCUUGAAUAUCAAAGAGGGAACUUUGAUGCUGCCCUUCAAGUUUUUCAGGGCAUUGAAAUCAAGGCCUUGACACCAAGGAUGAUAAGAGCCAUUGCUGAAAGAACUAGGCCAAAAAAACAACGUUCUAGAGCUGAUAAUGUGGUCCCUAAUGUGAUGUCAAUGCAUUCAGUAAGCCUUCUUGUUGAGGCAAUCUUGCUUAAAUCCAAGUCCUUAGAGGAACUCGGGCGAUACACCGGGGCUGCAAACACGUGCAGCAUAAUUCUGGAUAUGGUUGAGUCUGCUCUUCCUAAUGGAAUGCCGGAUGGCAUCGCCGAAGAGUGUAAGUUGCAAGACAUGUUCCACAGAGCAAUUGAAUUGCUUCCAACUCUAUGGAUCAAGGCAGGUAAUUUAGACGAAGCUGUCAUGGCUUAUCGCCGUGCUUUGAUCAAGCCGUGGAAUAUGGAGCCAGGAAAGUUGGCCAGUAUGCAAAAAGAUUUGGCCACCACACUACUCUAUUGUGGUGCUGAAGUAGACCUGCCGCCACAAUUACAAGCUAGGUCUCCAGCGACACCAAAGAGUAACAUCGAAGAAGCAAUACUUUUGCUAUUAGUACUCAUGGCAAAGAUGGUGGUUCAGGAAAUACAAUGGGACAGUGAAACAGCGGAUCAUCUAACAUUCGCACUUUCUGUUACCGGAAUGUUUGAAUCAUUGGCUGAUUAUGUGGAGCAGAUCCUUCCUGGUAUCUAUGAUCGAGCCGAGAGAUGGUACUUUCUUGCUCUUUGUUACAGUGCAGCUGGUCAGGACGAAGUGGCCUUGAAUUUAUUGAGGAAGUCUUGUGGUAGUUCUGAAGCAAAUUGCAGACCCCAUUUCCCUUCAUUUUUGUUUGGUGCUAAACUGUGUUCCCGGUAUCCAAACCAUGCUCUUGAAGGCAUUAAGUUUUCCCGCAAAGCUAUCGAUCUAGCAAAGCUUCAAAAUAAGCAUUUUUUGGGUCAGGGCAAAAAAUUUCUGGGUGUUUGCUCCGGCACUGCGGCUAGAAGAUCUGUGCUGGAUUCUGAAAGAACUAUAUUUCAAAGAGAGUCUUUGAACUUUCUAAAUGAGGCUGCUCUAAGUCAAAAUGAUGAUCCUGAAGUGAUCUUCAACCUUGGACUUGAAAAUGCAAUUCAAAGGAAUCUUGAUGCAGCUUUUGACAAUAUAAUGAUGUACUCAGAUAUGACUGUUGGUAGCUCGAAAAGAGGUUGGCAACUGUUAGCGCUCAUAGUAUCUGCACAACAGCGGUUUAAGGAUUCAGAAACAAUAGUUGAUUUUGCGUUAGAAGAUACUGAAAAGAUUGACCAGUUAGAACUUCUGAGAUUGAAAGCAGUACUCCAGAUCGCGCAGCAGAAACCGAAGCAAGCAGUAGAGACCUACAGAAUCUUGCUAGCACUGAUCCAGGCUAAAAAGGAGCCUUGGCAUCAAGAUAAGAAGAACUUUGAUCAAGCAAAAGCAUUCAAACAUGAGGCACUUCAAGAAAGGAAGUUGGAAAUGGAAGCAUGGCAGGAUUUGGCAACAAUAUAUGCAGACUUUAGUUCAUUUCUUGAUGCAAAAGCUUGUCUUGACAAAGCUCAGUUAAUAGAAUUUUUCUCUCCCAGAAGUUGGCACAUUACUGGAAUGUUAUUUGAAGCGCAAUCAUUAUACCAGGAGGCCUUUGUUUCAUUCUCAAUCUCAUUGUCAAUAGAACCUGAUUACAUUCCAAGUAUUAUUUCAUCUGCAGAAUUGAUGAUCAAACUUGGUAUGCAAUCACUUCCAAUUGCAAGAAGCUUUUUGAUGAAUGCAUUGAGAAUAGAACCAACAAACCAUGAUGCUUGGUUCAACCUUGGAUUGGUUUCUAAAAUGGAAGGUUCAUUACAACAAGCAGCAGAUUUCUUUCAAGCUGCAUAUGAACUCAAGCUUUCAGCUCCAGUGCAAAAAUUUGAGUAAUAAAAGAACUUUAGGUAACUCUAUGAUAUAUGAUCAAUGUUGCAUUGUUAAUCAUUUGGUUAGAAUUCAGAUGUAUAGAUAAUCUAGCUAGUUAUCUAUAGAAUUACUUCAUUCUAUUGCAAAAUCCUCAAGUUAAAGCUCAUCUGAUAGCAAGGUCGAAGUAAUGCCGAUUUAAGUAAAAUAACAUCUCAAAGCUGCCCUUCACAUAGUAACGCUCAUUUAAGUAAAAUAACAUUAUUUGAAAUUUUGAAUAGUGAAUGGAUGUCAUCGACAUUAAGUGCGAUAAUAGCUAUAUACAA